AUGACAAUAAAUUCCAAAGAACAAAAAACAAGAAAACCUCUUAUUAUCAAUGCAUUUGAUAUGGGUUGCAGUGGCUUGCAAGCGCCAGGCUUAUGGAAGCACCCUAAAGAUAGAUCUAAAACUUACAAUUCUAUUGAGUAUUGGACAAAUUUGGCCAAGCUAUUAGAGCGAGGAAAAUUUAAUGGUUUAUUUAUUGCUGAUGUAUUGGGUGGUUAUGAUGUCUACAAUGGCCCUAGCAAUAUCAAGGCUGCAGCUACGUCUGGUGCUCAAUGGCCUAUUAACGAACCGAGUGCUGUAGUAUCUGCCAUGGCCGCUGUUACCAAAAAUUUAGCGUUUGGCAUCACCUUCAGUACUAUUAGUGAAGCCCCAUAUCAUUUAACAAGAAGGUUAGCUACUUUAGACCACUUGACGAAUGGAAGAGUCGGAUGGAAUGUUGUUUCUUCGUACUUAGAUAGUGCUGCCCGUAAUUUAUUAAAUGGUGAAGAUUUGCCUCCGCACGAUGAAAGAUACGAGAGAACAGAAGAGUAUUUACAGGUUGUUUACGAGUUGUUAUUGUCAUCUUGGAGUGAUGAUGCUGUAAAAUUAGACAAAGAAAAAGGGAUUUAUUCUGAUCCAGAAAGAAUUAGACAGAUUGACUUCGAAGGUAAAUACUUCAAAGUUCCUGGUCCAAAUAUUACCGAUCCAACUCCCCAGAGGCUUCCUGUAAUUUUACAAGCUGGAACUUCUAAAGCUGGCAAGGCCUUUGCAGCUAAAAAUGCAGAAAUUGUCUUCAUAACCAAUUUCACGCCAGAGAGCCUUGCUGGGCAGAUCGCAGAUAUUAAAAGGCUUUCUGUUGAAGAACAUGGAAGAGAGGAAGAUGCCAUAAAAUUUGUUCAAUUAGUGACCACAGUUAUUGGGGAAACUCAUGAGGAAGCUGAAGAAAAAUAUAAAGAGUUAAGAAAAUAUGGUGAUUUAGAAGGUGCUCAAGCGUUAUUUAGUGGCUGGACGGGCAUUGACAUAGGCCAAUUUAAUCCUGAAGACGAGUUAAAAGAUGUUGGUAGUAAUGCAGUCCGUGGAUUCAUUGAUAAUUGGACAAAAUUAUCGCCAGGUGAUCCUGCUGAUCUUAAAAAGACUAGAGAGUAUGUGGCUAGUCAAAUUACGGUUGGUGGAUUAGGCCCUGUUUUUUAUGGGACACCUGAUGAAGUUGCUGAUGAAAUAGAACGAUGGGUAGAUAUUUCAGGAGUUGAUGGAUUCAAUUUCACGUAUGCCAUUACUCCCGGUACUUUUGAAGAUAUUGUUGAUCAUUUGAUUCCUGUUUUAAGAAAGCGUGGUUUGGCCUGGGAUGACUACCCUCGCGAUGGUUUAACAUUCCGAGAAAAUGUGUUUGGUGCAGAAGGCGAUGAUCCAAGUUUUGUAAGGCCUUCACACCCUGCCUAUGACCUUAGAUGGAGAUCUGGCGUCUCUAAAGAAGACUUUGAAAAAAAAUUAGAAGACCUUAAGAAUACUAAAUAA